AUAUCCACAGUUCAUAAUUUCAACAUUUCAGGAAAUGGAGGCACAACCAAAUGAAUUGACUAAAAUGCUCGAAGCAGUAGUUCUUCCAGAAGAGUCUGGAACCCAUGAGCAAUGCAUCUACAAAGUACCACAAAAAAUUCGCCAAGUUAAUCCACAAGCUUAUACACCUCGACUUAUUUCCAUCGGUCCUUUUCACAAUCCACUUGGCUCAAAUAGUGUCGAAAACCAUUUGCAGGAAAUGGAAGGACUCAAACUCAAAUAUCUCAAAGGAUUUCAUAAAAGAACAAACAUAAGUAUUGAUAAUUUGUUUUCCAGAGUUAAAGAGUGGGAAAAUGAAAUUCGAAAAUGUUAUGCAGGGCCUGUUAGCCUUAACAGCAAAGAUUUCUUAAAAAUCAUUAUAGUUGAUGCAUGCUUCAUAAUUGAGCAUUUUCUUAGGAGAUUUAGUUACACAAAUUGGAAUAAAAUUGAUCCUAUACUAUUGAAACCUUACUUACUUGAUGACAUUUUUCGUGACUUAAUACUCCUUGAAAACCAGCUACCUUUUUUUGUUCUUGAGAACAUAUACAACUUAGCUAAGCUAAAUCUUCCAUCCUUUAUUACAAUUACUAUACAAUAUUUUACGGAAUUCAACCAACAGAAUUUAAAUUCAGGAGACUUUACUGGUCCUAAACUUCCAAAACACUUCACCGAACCUGAACCUCCAAAACACUUCACAGAUCUUAUAAGAACAUUUUUGCUACCAUCAUCAUUUAAUUUUACACCUGAAGGAACGGGAAAAAUAGAUCAUGCAAUGGAACAGGUAUACAGUGUGAGUCAAUUAUCAGAAGCAGGAUUGAAAUUUGAGUUAAGCGAUAGCAAAUGCUUACUUGACUUGAAAUUUGAUAAAGGUGUGUUGAAAAUGCCAUGCUUUCUUGUGCAUGAUUCAACAGAGAGAUACAUGAGGAAUAUAUUAGCUUUUGAAGAAUGUCACAUUUCAGAUAAACAUUCAGCAUACAUUUCUCAGUACUUCACAUUGUUAGAUAUUCUUAUUAAUACAGAAAGUGAUGUGAGCAUCUUAGUCGAUAAGAAAAUUAUUAUUAAUUGGACGAGUGAUGCUAAUGCAGUGGCUACAAUGGUUAACACUCUUUGCAAAAAUGCCUCAAUGCCUAAAUACAAUGCAGAGUAUCUAUCUUUGUUUAAGACGUUAAAUGGUUUUUAUGAGAACCCUAGAAACAAAUAUAAGGCUAUAUUUGUACACGAGUACUUCAACACUCCUUGGAAAAUCGCAUCCACUACUACUGCAGUAUUGCUAGUUUUGUUUACUCUGAUCCAAGCUGUAUGUUCAAUCUGGUCAUUAGUGAAAUCAUACAAAGAUAAGAAAUAAUAUGUUACUUUCAAUGGU